UUUGUUUUCUUUUUGUGAUUCGUAACUUUUUUUUAUCGUUUAAUGUUCAACAAAAUGAAAAUGAAUUAUUUCAUUCUUUUAUCUAUUGUCUUGAAUAUUACUGGAUUAACUUUUUCAAAGUCAAUACAAAAUAUAACAUCAUUAGACGAAGAUUCAAUGAAUAGCCGACUGGAAUUAUUGGAAGCCAAAGUAACUGUGUUACAAAAUGAAAGGAAAAGACAACCAGUAUUGUUUUAUGCAACUAUAAAACAGAGCGAAUUUACAUUGAAUACACAUUCUACUGUUGUAUUCGAGACCGUCAUUAUCAACGAAGGCGGCCAUUACAACAACAACGAUGGAAUAUUUGUAGCCCCCCGGGAUGGAAUAUAUAUGUUUUCAUGGACGGUUUGCACAGUGAAUGCGAAUUACAUAAUAACGGAGUUGGUAGUUGAAGAGAACAUUAUAAGCUCUACUGGGGAGAGAGACGUUGAUGUUGGAGCUUUUUCGUCCGCUUCAAUGACAGCUUUCUGUAGAAUGCAGAAAGAUGAGCAUGCCUGGAUUCGAACAACUAGCUAUAACACUGCUAAUUAUUUUUAUAGUAUGGACCGGCAUCCCCGCACGUCUUUUCUUGGAUUACUUGUUGAUUAAGGAAGUUGCCUACUAUGUAUUUUCAUACGACUGUUCUAGAUGAAUAAUUGAUAACAAUUAUAGAAAAGCAGAUACUUAGAUCAAUGUAGUUUUCAAAUAGAACUUUUAAAGCCAAUGGAAAUUCAGCGGUAAACUAGUUUUUCUACACGUUUAUACAUUUAACAUUAGAACCCUUUUUCGUUAAAAAAAACUAUGGAAAAUAAUAAGGAUUAGAUGAUAUUUGUUUAUGUGCAGUGACUUGGUUACGAAAAAGAACAUUGGGGUUAGCAUGCACAGCU